CCUAGCAAUCUACUGGAGAAAAGCGGGAUGGUGGAGGCUUCAGAGGCGGCUUUCGUGGUGGCCGAGGCAGGGGCAUGAGAGGAGGAGUUGGCCCCAUGAGGCUUGGCGGGAGAAUUGGGAUGCGACCUUCUCCUUACGACCACAUGCCAGUUACUGACAGAUAUGGGGGACCUCCCAUGCCUCCUAUGGCUGAUAGGUAUGGUCCGCUACCGCCACCCGCUCCUCGCAAUAGCUACUACGACGACUAUGACGAGUCCCUAAGACGACCUCUGCCUAUGGAGCGCCGACCUCUUCCUCCUCCCAGGGACCCCUACAUGCGGGAUCCCUAUGAUCGAUAUGAUCCCUAUGACCGCAUCCCACCGGCUCCUCGAUCUGCAGUGCUGAUGGAGCGCAGGAUCGCCCCGCUUCCUUAUGACCGACGCCCUGAUCCAUAUGCUGAUCUUUACAGGGAACGCGAUCCCUACGCGCCCCGAGACCCCUACGCCAUCCGUCGCUCCAUGAGUCCACGACGCUAUGCCGGUCCUCCUCGGGACUUGCCUCCGGCACCACCCCGACGAUUUUAAGUUCCAUCUCGCUCGCCCUGACCAUCGAAGUACUCUAAGCCUGGGAUCUCGAUACCUAAUGUCGUCUUAAACUUUUUCGGCGUACCUUACCCAUGCCAUGAGUCGUAAACUAGACAUGGAACUCUAUUUAUUCGGCGUAUUGCUAGCAUAGGUAGUACCGUUUCAAUUCACCGCCUAUGUAUUAUUAUUUCCAGAUACUAGUACUUCGCUGUAUUAUAGAGCUGAUUAAGGGCGACCGCUAACAUUGUGUUCUUUGAAAUCCCGUUCCUCAUCUGAGCCACUUAGCAAUCGAAUUCUCGUUUUCUUUAAAUGUAACUAGAUUCCAUGAAAGGAGUUUCCAUCAGAUCCUCAAUAUCCAUGUGCUAGGAUAUAAUGCUUAAUCACUAAUGAAGUUGCCUUCGCAUGAAUACGGCAAAGAAAUUCAGGGUACGAAACUCCAGCAGAUAGUUAGUUCCAGCAGUUAGUGCGCGUUUCCAGCAGAUAGUUCUAGCUAUCGUUUUAAAGUUGGAGUUCUCAGGAGGAAUAUUUCGAUAUAAUUUUCUAAUUAAAUUUGUUUUCAUCACGAAAUUUACUCUCUAUGAUGGGCGGUAAAGAAGUUCUUGUUGAUCGAUUCGUUGGUCCUAUUCAAUACUCGCUCCUGGCAUUGUCCAAGGGCCUGAUAGAGCUUUACUGUACAAGGACACAAAUCAGGUUACGAUCAAUGAAUUUGCACUUCCGUAAAUUUACGAUGGAAAAAUGUUCUCGUAUAUAGCGUUAUCUCUUAUCACAAGUAUUCUGUUUAGAAAUGUCGUGUCCUAAGUUAUAUGACAUGCUGUCGUCUUAAAUUCAUACUGAGCUGUCUCUCUUGGAAAACUUUCUGUUUAACACUAAUGAGCGUCAAAUGUUGUUCAUACUAUCCGUACUAACUUUAGCAACGCCGAGCGUAAAUCUGGGUUACGAACAAAGCCUCAAUUUUAUAUAUCAAUCGAAGAUAAUUCUUGCUAUAACUCAUGUUUUAUAUGCGUUAGUUACCUCUAGUGAUGAGACGACAUUAGCAAACAAGUUUAAUGCAGACAAUGCUAGACCUGACUUGGGUUACAGGCGCUCAGACAUUUAUUUCAAAUUAUCGGUUUUUCAUUAUUCGUGCAAUGAAUCCGUUUUCUUCUUGAUAGAGAUCUUUGGUAGUUUUGUAGACGCCACUUGCUCAUCGUGCUUAGGGACUCGAAAUGGUUAAACCUUAAUUUCUGCUAAUACGAGCACUUGGUUAAUUUUCACAAGCUCAUCGAAAUCACCCCGGAAUGUAUUUAUAUACUGGCCGUUAAUUUUCAUGAUAAUUUGUUACUACAAUUGUAAAUUUGACUAUUUUCUCGAUGUAUCUACGAAAUAUGAUGAAGUUCUGAGAUUUUGUCCUUCAUUGUUAUGACUUGUAGCGAACUUACCGCCCGUAAUAUGUAGUCGAUGUUGCGAUGUUCGCCUUCUCAUAAAUCAUUGUUAGGUACGUCUAAAACUCAAUAUUAAUUUUACCCGAAAAAUGACCGUUAAUUUCAUUAACUAGCUAAUUAUCUGAAAUUCUGUACGAUGAUCGGUAUGAAUUUAGUUUUAACUUAUCACUUAUCCAAAUCAGUCUGCUCUCGUUAUAGUGUUAACAGAUUCCGAUCGUUUUUUUUUUUUCAUUGUAAAUUCUUAGCUUUGUGAUGUAUUAAAUUACCGAUAAUGUAAUUCUCAAACUUAAUUAAUCGAACAGAAUAUUCCCACUCGCUCAUAUUUCUCUUGUUAUGUCUACGAGUUAGUGUAACCUAUUGAUCCGUAUAUCUUAAGUGCUAUCUAAUUAAUUGUCUUCGAUAUCCCGUGAAUAUUGUUCGUCACUCCAUAACUCGAUUAAUGACAACCGGCUUACUUCGUGCCAAUGUCACUUCUAGAUUCGAUCUAAAAUUAAGAUAGGCUAGUGGUGUGGUAGCUUUAGUAUGUGUGUAUCAGCUCGCAAUAAAAGAUUGAUGUCCGACAAGUUUUGUAUCACAAGUACAUGUCGCCGCGUGGUGACAUCAGACCGAAGUCAAAUGCUAAGCUGAGCACUGGAUCGUGCGAGCUACCCGGAGAUUCGCGAGAACCAACUAUGGCGUUCUUUUGAACAAAUCGAUCUUAGUUCACACCGCUUAGCGGGAAACUGAAGGUAAGACUGUGACCUCGCGAGAGGUUCAUAUUGACGCGAUGCUGCUUCCCUUCUACCUUUAUGCUUCAGUUAAUCCGAAAUUUUGAUGCAUUUGAAAGAGUACUUCGCUGUGUUAUGUUGCCGUUUCGUUGAGCGUCUUUAGUCACUUAUCUAAAAUAUUUUUCAAAUUCGAGUCAUUCGUGCGCGUGUUUGGAAUAUUUUUGUUGUUUUUUUUUUUCCAUCCGUCAAGUGCAUAAAGUUUGCUGUAAUUGAUGUGAGCAGGCGUCUGCUAAUUCUCCUUUCUCUUUCCACAAUCCGAAUUUUCAUCUGGCGCCCCUCAAUAUUUUUUUGGUUUUCGUUGUCGCUUUUCUGUUGACACGGAAUGACCUCAUUGUGGAACUUUACUCUCAUGUAUCGUUAAAAAUCAUUUGUGCUAUUCUUACCUUUUAUUAACUUUUGUUUUUAUCUGCUCUGUACCCUUUCGAAUUUUUUAAUCAUUGCAUGAAACGUGGUUGUUUUAAAUAAUUAAAUUAGCCUAUAGCGACAGUAUUCAUGCGUUUCCAAUCUGACGGCAUUCAGCCAAUAACGCAUAGGUUCCUAGGAGAAACGAAUGAGAAAUGCUACCAGAUUUUUUUUAAAUACGACAACGAAUCUAGUAGUCAAUGGACUGGCUAAUCGGCUUCAAAUUAAAAUUCGCGUGGGUUAAUUUUUUUAUUUGUUAUUUUUUUGUGUAGUCACGAUUUUUCCACUGAGGAGUGACUAGCCACUUGUGUAAACGUAAUUUCGCUUAAUAACAUCAAAUAUUAAUCAAAGUUUUUCAGAGGAGCGUUGGUUUUUUUUUCUUUGCCUUGCUUCACUUAAUCACUCUUGUUGUUUAAUGUCUAAUUACUAUCUGUGUAUUAGGUUCAACUUGGAGACGAACCAUGAGCGAGGCGUUACCACUUGAAGUCAGUCCUCGAGCUGCCAUCAGGAUGGAUCUCAUAAACUUGAAGUUUCAAAGAACGACUAAAAUGCUUCAGCAGCAACGAUGCGGCUCAGUCAGCUUCUUCAUCAAAACGAUUCUAUUAUCAUGAAGUUCCUGAGGAUCUGCUGGCGAGGGCACCAAUGAGCCUCCGGCUGUCGGUACCACUCUUCGUUCUUCUUACGAGUUGAUCCGAGGAGAAGAUUUCCUUGCUUUGCAGUGCUCAAAGUACCAAGACACUAGAGUAUACUCGCCACAUCAUAGUCUCUGUGAUAAUCUCGAGUUCUCUACCGGCAAGUUCCAAUGUAUCUUACUUCUUUACUUGUGGUGAAGUCACUGUGAACUUUCUAGUUUCCUUAAUAUUUGUUUGGGACGUAGCAGUCCCAGGCCACGAUGGAUCGCCGCUUCUGGAUCGCUUCUGUGAAUGAUGUAAUUGAGCAUCGCACUAUUGUUACACUAAAGAUGAUUAUUAAUUUAUCACUGAUCACUAUCAUUCUUACAAAUAAAUUACAUCUUCUGGACCACGUUGACCUGCCCCCGAGUGGUAUUUUCAUCUCUGUAAUUCGCUCUGGAGUGGAGUCCAAUCUCUAAUCCGUGAGGUAUCGUGAAGGAACCUUACUUUACAGGACCACCAACAUUUUUAACAAAAUGUAGUGUGCACUCGCUACGCCAAUCUUUACUAAAAUAAGACUAAUUAUGUUCAUUGCCGUGGAGAUUAAGAACGCAAAUUACAUGUCUACUGUUAGUAACAAUAUUUUAGCAGGAUUGAGGUACGAAAGGCUUUGACGGCGGGUGUUUCCGUAAACAAAUUUAUAAUGCUAGCAAUUUAAGAGAUGUACAGCUGUCAUUUUGUUCACGUCACAAUUUCUUUUGCGUAGUCAUGUUAAUUUUGCUUUCAAUCUCCAUUUGUUCCUAGUAUUUAUAUGAAAUAUUAUCUGCACGCUGAACAAAUUCGGCUCUUCUGUUCACUUUCCUAACGAUGUAUAUUUCUUGCACCGAAUUUCUUUAGAAUAAUUUUCCCCGUUUAGAUUUUAUUUACCGCCUUCAGUUUUGAUAAUCUUUAAACAACAUAAUCCCAAACCAUACUGCCUUGCCCUAUAUACCACCUAUGGCCAUGGCUGUUUACCGCUUACGAUGUUACUCGUGGCUAUCACGUGUUGACAUUUCUUGUAGUAAUUUAAGAUUUCUUCCCGUUUGUCGAUAUUUAGAUGAAAUAUGGAAUUUGUUCAAGUUUAAUUGAGGUUUCGCUACCUGAACUACACUCUGAUUUGCUCCGUCUUUUGCUUGAAUCGAUGGCUAUUGUUUAUUUUGGACGGCGAAUAUUUUUGUUUGUUUAUCUUCUAUCACCUUGUCAUUACCUUCAUAUUCUGCUGCCCUGUAAUUCUUGGCUGAUGUUAACUCUGCCUCUGUCAAUUAUCAAUUGAUCAAAAUAAAUCCAGGAACAAAAAUUGUGUAA